AUGUCUGACGCUGAGGAUGUCACCUUCGAGACCGCAGAUGCGGGUGCCUCGAUGACCUACCCCAUGCAGGCUGGGGCCAUCAGGAAGAACGGGUUCUGUAUGUUGAAGGGGAACCCGUGCAAAGUCGUCGACUUCUCCACUUCGAAAACCGGCAAGCACGGUCACGCCAAGAUACACUUAGUAGGUCUUGACAUCUUCACUGGGAAGAAGUACGAGGAUGUUUGCCCCACAUCUCACAACAUGGAUAUUCCGAACGUGAAGAGGACGGAGUACCAGCUCGUCGACUUGUCCGAUGACGGAUACUGCUCUCUUCUUCUCGAGAAUGGGGACCUGAAGAGCGAUCUUACGCUCCCCAAGGACUCUGAGAACAACUUGGAAGAAGCGGCCCAACAGAUUCAGACGCUCUUCAAGGCAGGCAAGGGCAUCCUGGUGACCGUCCUGUCCGCAUGCGGAAAGGAGAAGAUUAUUGCUUGCAAGGAGCUUUAG